AUGGAUCAAAUUAAGCACACCUACGUCCAAGUCGACGGGCUGAAGCUCCACGUAGCCGAGAUUGGGUCCGAAUCAGCACCCCCGGUGCUUUUCUUUCAUGGAUUUCCGGAGAUAUCCUACACUUGGUGCCAUCAGAUGAUUGCGGUUGCAAACGCGGGUUACAGAGCCAUUGCACCGGAUUACMGAGGAUACGGACUAUCCGACAUCCCAGCAGAACCAGAGAAGACGUCAUUCGCUGAUCUGAUUGCAGAUACGGCCACCAUCCUAGAUUCUCUCGCGAUAUCUAAGGUGUUCGUGAUUGGUAAGGAUUUUGGAUCGAUGGUUGGCUAUCUAUUUGCCCUUUUCUUCCCAGAGAAACUUGCAGGAAUCAUAACACUCGGUAUUCCAUACAUGCCCCCUGAGGCCUUGCAGCAACUUCAAACCCUCCCUGAAGGUUUCUACAUGCGGAGAUGGCAGGAACCUGGAAGAGCUGAAGCUGAUUUCGAUCGGUUUGAUGCUAAAACAGUGGUGAGAAAGAUCUACAUUUUGUUUUCUAGAAGUGAAGUACCUAUAGCCARUGAAAACCAGGAAGUAUUGGAUUUAGUGGAACCGUCGGCUCCUCUACCCUCUUGGUUCACGGAGGAGGAUCUUGAGACCUAUGGUGCUUYGUACACCAAGUCUGGAUUUCUAACCGCGCUCCAAGUUCCUUACAGGUAA